AUGAGAGGCACUGCUUCCCUUGAGCAAGACGCUCGUUUCACCAACAAAGACAAACAGCUAGUGCAAACGACUAAAUUCCCAAAAGGCUUUGAUAUUAAAGUAGAUAUGAGCAAGGUAAAUCUAGAAGUUUUUAAAUUGUGGAUUCACUCUAAAAUUGAAGAACUAACAGGCUCGGAUGAUGAAAUGAUAAGCGAAUACGCAAUAAGUAUGCUUCAAGAUUCAUCACCCGAUCCAAAGCAAAUGCAAAUACAACUUGCUGGAUUUUUAACGAUAGACAAUGCUGCAAUCUUUAUGACUGAAUUGUGGAAGUUAUUAGUCGAAGCACAAAAUAGUCCAAGUGGAGUUCCUCAAGCCUUGUUGUCGUUGGAGAUGGAAAGACUGAAAAAAGAGCAAGAGGAACAAGAGAAGAUUUCUAGGAAGAUUCAAGAACGAAUACCGAAUCGAUAUUACAACUCUACAAACAAACCUAGUCAUCAUCAACAACAACAAAUCCGAAGCAGUCAUCACACUAUCAAACAUGGUCGUCAUCAUUACCGAUCAUUACCAUCCUCUUCCUUGAACACAUCUAAUCGUCAACACCGAUACUUGAAUAAUACACCACCAUCAGCUUCCGCAAGUGUGAAUGCCAAUACUCAACAAGACAUAACUAGAGAACAAAAAGAAGGAGAAAAACCAUCACUAGGUUCCGAACGAAGACUGAACGCUUCAAACAGCUUUGAUGAUCAAAGAGAUCGGCCCUACACGAGUGGCAACAGAAAUCGCUUUGAACAACACAGGGGCGAUUUCAAUAGUAAUCCUAGAAGAUCAGAAGGAAAGUCACCAUACUCGUACAACAAUUUCUCAGCUGGAGACUUCUAUGAGAAACCUCUGCGAAAAGAUCGUGUAGAAAAAUCAAAUGCAGACAAGACAGUAUCACCCCCUCGAAAGAUGCCAGCACAUGAAAAUCAAAGCCAACGAAGAGUACCACCACCUCCGCCCUCUUCCUCAGAAGAUUCCGAAUCAGAUGGUGACAAUUACAUUUCUGAAAGACGAAAAACUGUAGAUGAAUUCGAUCAUUUACGUAAGAAAGUUCUGGCUUCCAUGCAGUCAAACAGUAAACGAUGA